UUCGGCCUUCUUUGAUUGUCUCAGCGCUCGGCCAGUUGCGCCUAAGCUCUUCUUAUUGUUGAUUGUUUCGCUCCGCUCGGCAUGCUGACUGGAGAUGCUUCACAUUAGCACUUGGAACUCGACUAGCUAAACCACCCGUUACUCUUGGUAGUGCAUUUUUUUCACCAACCACACUCUGCCACUAUGGAGAACAGUCCACCAGAGCAACCAACGCCGUGGUACAUUGGCCAGCAUGAAUCUAGAAGAGAUGCUCCAGUGACUGAUGUGCUUCUCCAGCAGGCCCAAGCUGCUGGUUAUGAUAUGGUCACCAGCCCCAUUACGACCGCUCACUUCCAAACGAGUGUUCUCAACCUAAUCUCGACAUACUACCAAACCGUCGAUGCGUCAACAAACCCUGAGGCGCUCCCUAUUCCCCUCGUGCCCGCACUUAAACCCAUCGACUCGCCCCUCACUCCCAAUGACCCGAUUUCCCAACUCAUAAUCACAACUGCAACGUGGAUCGACCUAGCCUCAUCGGAUCCAGUGAUAGCAAACUUAUCUCAGCAAGUAUUCAAUUUGGAAGUGGCAUAUGCGGCCUUUUGCGGAGUUCAGCAUGUUGUUGUCCAAGGGCCUAAGAUAGGUGCCGGAUCGCAGGUGACACAGUUUGCAAGAGCACUGCAGGAGGCCAUCUCUAUUGGACCUUAUAUUCAAUUCCAUGUUUUGAUGCCAGCUGGGCUUGUCAAGCAAAAAUGUGCAGAGGACCAGACGAGCCUUGCGUACCAUGCACGGCCACAAAACAAGGCAGCGGCGGAGACAGUAUCGGAGUGGUCCAGUUGGGAAACUUGGAAUACCAUUCGACGUUUUUGCAAUUUCUCCGACCGAGUAUCGCUUGCGUUGAGCAUCACAAAACAACUUCCACCAGCCUACGUGCUCUCUAGAUGGGCGUCAGAGCCCUUAAGGUUGAUAUUCAUACCCGAAUCCUCUUUCGUCAUCAACAACACAAAAUAUCAGCAGCCUGUGUUACCAAAGUCUCAUAAAGCGUUGAUCUACCGGUUCAUGCGCCUGAGAAGUGCGCCCUGGAUUCUACUUUGUGAUGUGGGCGCAAUACCCUCCCCAGAUGCGCCAGCUUCGUAUGGUACAGCGUCAUCAUCGAACUCAGGCAGUGAAAUAUGGCCAUUGCCCUCAGAAACCAGCAAAUCAAGUUCACCACAUCCUGUCGUGGCCAACGAUCCAACGCCGCAUUUGAGCUAUUUCAGGUGGCUUCAAAAGGAGCAGCAACCCAAGGCACCCAUCGAGCGCUUCGGUGCGGGUUACCAGGACUAUUUGCAAGCCCCUCUGCAGCCUCUGGCGGAUAAUCUUGAAUCAAUCACCUAUGAGGUCUUCGAGAAGGAUCCUAUCAAGUAUGAAUGGUAUGAGCGUGCAAUAGCAUAUGCACUCAUGGACUGGGCAACAGAAGCAAAACCUACAUCGGGUAACAACGGUGCUGUUGUUAUAGCCGUUGUUGGAUCUGGACGAGGUCCACUUGUCACGCGUGCCUUAAGAGCUAGCCAGACUACUGGGGUCGAAGUCGAGGUUUGGGCAAUUGAGAAAAACCCCAACGCCUAUGUUCUUCUGCAACGACACAAUGAGCUUGAGUGGAAUGGUAGAGUCACUGUUGUGAAGACGGACAUGCGCUCCUGGAAAGGCCCACAGCUGGCUGAUGGCACAUUUGGGACCGUUGACAUCCUGGUUUCUGAGUUGCUGGGCUCCUUUGCUGAUAACGAGCUGAGUCCUGAGUGUCUCGAUGGCGUGCAGCAUGUCCUAGCUCCUGAAUACGGCAUAUCCAUCCCAGCCUCUUACACUGCGCACAUUACUCCAAUUUACACACCAAGACUCUACUCGGAACUUUUCCACAAGAGCGUUGCAGAUAAGGACGUUUUCGACCUUCCGUAUGUUGUGAUGCUCCACCAGCACGACUACCUUUCCAUAGUCUCCUCUGAUCAAAAGCCAACACUGUCUGCAUUGGCGUCCCUCUCAUCAACCACCAUCUCUUCCACAAUAGAAUCAAACACGAUACCCAACGUACAAACCUGCUGGGAGUUCAAACAUCCUAUUUCACCGACGAUAUUGGCGCAAGCUAACCUCCGUCGUGGAGGUUCCGCAGCAGGAGGCUAUGGUGGUACUCAUGGUGGAGACGGCGCAAAUGAACACAACUCACGGUCAUGCCACCUUUCCUUUCCUUGUGAACAUAGAGGGACAUGCCACGGUCUUGCAGGAUAUUUUGAGACCGUCUUAUACACCUCAUCAGAUAUUGACUCCCUUUCUGCAACCUCUGAGGAUCCUGAUGCAGGCUCGCCAGUGACCGUUGAAUUGAGUACGAACCCGGUGACAAUGGAUAGAAAAAGCAGGGAUAUGAUCAGCUGGUUCCCUAUAUACUUUCCGCUCAGGACUCCCAUAAACUUCCCUGACGGCGCGGAACUUGAUGUGAGUAUGUGGAGGAUGACGGAUGAUCGAAAAGUAUGGUACGAGUGGUGUGUGGAAGCUUUCAUCAGGUUACCCUCAGGAGAGCGCGUGAAAAUUGGCGGAGGGGAGGUGCAUAGUUCAAGGAAGAACGGGUGCUUAAUGUGAACACAUCCACACGGCACGAAAUGGGAUUGCAGCCCAAAGGGCAAUGAAGACGCGAGAAGAAUGAAUGGAUGAUUUGGAGGUUUCAUCAUGGUGGUGCCGAGUGCGAUUCUCGAAGACUUAGAUCUUCUGGCUCAAAAGCCGAUUUCUUGCGUAUGGGUAGUCUCGUCACACAUCUUCAACAUGUGUUCGGAGAGAACUAUAUUUGAGAUCGAUCUUCUCAGUCUUGAUCCUGGGAAUGGAAAAGGGAACAAAAAUCGGAUUGAAACCUACCUGCUUCGUUUAAGUAGGUCUCAAUGAUCACAAAGUUCAGGGACGUAUUUCCUACGCUCAAUAUAAAAUCGUCUUGUCCAGUAGAUUUCGUCAGCUACCUUCAAGUCGGUAUACGUCCAGUGGUCAAUUUUCGCUCCGCUCUUUAUUCAAAAAUAGCGAAAUAUAUUAUAAAAUCUAAGAAUACUAAGGAUAUGGAGUUAGAGGGAACCUGUACUUUAAAAGGUGAUGGUAGGUACUUUUAUAAG